AUUCCCUUUCGCGCUGACAGUCUGUCUCAUUCAUCGCGUGGCUCUAUUUCUGCUUCAUAGGCCUCACUCUUACUGUUGCCUCUUCUCUGCCCAUUGCCAAUUCACCAAAUCCAUCUUCAUGGCUUCCCUCAUCGAAUCUGGCUGGCUGUAUUUGAUUACACAUUUCAGUGACUUUCAGCUGGCAUGUCUAGGAAGCUUUUUUCUUCAUGAAAGUGUCUUCUUCUUAUCUGGACUUCCAUUCAUAUAUCUUGAAAGGGCAGGUUGGCUGAGCAAGUACAAAAUUCAGACCAAAAACAACAGUCCUGCAGCACAGGAGAAAUGCAUUACUCAAUUGCUUUUGUAUCAUUUUGGUGUCAAUCUACCAGUUAUGCUACUCUCCUAUCCUGUAUUCAAAUACAUGGGCAUGCGAAGUAGUCUUCCAUUGCCGUCCUGGAAAGUAGUUCUAACGCAGAUAAUAUUCUACUUCAUCCUGGAAGAUUUUGUAUUCUACUGGGGUCACCGGAUUCUGCAUACAAAGUGGCUGUAUAAGAAUGUGCACAGCGUCCACCAUGACAAUAUUAUCUACAUGUGCAGAUAUGCCACACCAUUUGGACUGACAUCUGAAUAUGCUCACCCUGCUGAGAUACUGUUUCUUGGAUUUGCUACCAUUAUUGGUCCUGCCAUCACUGGUCCCCAUCUGAUGACUUUGUGGUUAUGGAUGGUGCUAAGAGUUCUGGAGACAGUUGAAGCACACUGUGGUUACCACUUCCCAUGGAGCCUUUCCAACUUCAUACCUUUGUAUGGGGGUGCUGAUUUCCAUGACUAUCACCACCGCUUGCUAUAUACUAAAUCUGGAAACUACUCAUCUACUUUUGUCUAUAUGGACUGGAUAUUUGGCACUGAUAAAGGUUACAGAAAGUUGAAGGCGCUGAAAAGUACCGGAGAGGGAGAGGAAGAUGGCGGCAAGCAAAUGCAAUAUUAGAGAAGAUUCUUUUUAUAUUAGCUUGACAUCAGAAAAAAUCUUGAUACAGCGGUGCCUUUGAAAAGUUGUUUUGUCCCUGCCUUUUCUUGUGUGCAACCGGGGUUUUGUGUUUAGUUGAUGUUCAUGUUACAGCGUGUGGUAAUGUGGAUCAGUGGAAAGCUUUCUUUGGACAUUCUGUGUCCUCUUCCGUGCAUGAAUGAAGUAGCCGUCUCAUUUUAAGCU